CCCGGGGUAGAGGGUUCGCGCCGGGAGCGUGGGGCAAGGCGCAGGAGUAGCGAGGAGGAGGGAGGCGACGUAGGCAGAAGAGAGGGCCAGACUUUGGGGGCACGGAGGGCCAAAAGGGCAAUCCAGAGGAAAGGAGGCCUGAUGCAUCCACUUCCAGCCCCGUAAAACAUGGAGAGGAAAAACCCAUCCAGAGAGAGCCCCCGAAGACUCUCAGCCAAACUGGGCAAAGGCACAGAGAUGAAGAAGGUGGCUCGUCAGCUCGGCAUGGCAGCCGCCGAAUCAGACAAGGACUCCGGAUUUUCAGAUGGGAGCUCAGAGUGUCUGAGCUCAGCAGAGCAGAUGGAGUCCGAGGACAUGCUGAGCGCCUUAGGCUGGAGCCGAGAAGACAGGCCAAGGCAAAACUCCAAGACUGCAGGCACGGCCUUCCCAGCACUGUCCCCGAUGGUUGUAAUGAAGAAUGUGCUGGUCAAACAGGGCAGCAGCUCAUCCCAGCUCCAGUCGUGGACUGUCCAGCCCUCCUUCGAAGUGAUCUCAGCACAGCCACAGCUCCUGUUCCUUCAUCCACCCGUGCCGUCUCCUGUCAGCCCGUGUCACACUGGCGAGAAGAAAUCAGACUCCAGGAACUACUUGCCCAUUCUAAAUUCUUAUACGAAAAUAGCCCCCCAUCCAGGCAAAAGGGGCCUUUCCCUCAGCCCAGAAGAAAGAGGAGAAAGUGGGAUGCAGAAGAAAGUCUGUACUGAGAGACUUGGGCCAAGUCUGUCUUCCAGUGAGCCAACCAAGCCUGGUGCCGUGUCCCCCAGCCCCCCGGCGCCGGCACCACCCGGCGCCAAGCUUGCCGAGGACUCUGCUCUGCAAGGUGUGCCCUCGCUGGUGGCAGGUGGAAGUCCACAGACUCUUCAACCGGUGUCCAGUAGCCACGUGGCUAAAGCCCCCAGCCUGACCUUUGCAUCCCCCGCUAGCCCUGUCUGUGCAUCAGACAGCACUCUGCACGGCUUAGAGAGCAGCUCCCCACUCUCUCCACUGGCAGCCAACUACAGCUCGCCCCUGUGGGCUGCCGAGCACCUCUGCCGCAGCCCCGACCUCUUCGCUGAGCAGCGGCAGAGCAAGCAUAGGCGCUUUCAGAAUACCCUGGUGGUCCUGCACAAAUCUGGUCUGCUGGAGAUCACUCUGAAAACCAAGGAGUUGAUUCGUCAGAACCAGGCAACUCAGGUGGAGCUAGACCAGCUAAAGGAGCAGACCCAGCUGUUUAUAGAGGCCACCAAGAGCAGGGCUCCUCAGGCGUGGGCCAAGCUACAGGCAUCCUUAACAUCAGGGUCUGGUCAUACCGGUGGUGACCUAGAAGCGUUCUCUGACCACCCAGACAUGUAACCCAGAAGGCAUAGUUUCCUGUUACUUGAGUGGUUCUUUUUAACUCUUUGGCUGUUUUUACUCCUGUUUCCCAAAGCUUUUCCUUCUACACUUAAAGUGUUGGGCAGUUCACUUAGGAAGCCACAAGCCAGUACCUGGCUGCAAUCUUAACCAUGUGGUCUGUGCACAGUUUACAUAUGUCUCCAUUCCUCUGAGGACCUCAGAUUUGGAGCACUCUCAAGUCCCCUUUCCUUAGCCUGCAGGCACUUUGAUGGGUCACAGCGCAAAGCAGGAGAGAUGGUUGUGUGGGGCUCUUUUGGCUAUCGCCUCCUACCAUCCCACUCACUCACUGUGAGCAAGGGUACGGUGACGGAGGAGCACACGGAGUGAUACCUGUCAAGCCAGGGAGUAGGUGACAUAAGCAUCCCUUUGUAGAUCUUCCCUUGAACGUCUUAGUCACAGAGGAAAAUACGAGGUGUGCUUGCAUCCCACAAGGCAUCGUGCCACCUGGGCAAAACCCAAAAUGCCUCAGGCACAGGUUGGGCCAAGGGUGCAAGCGCUUAAUCAUGUGAUGCUUUGUCUUCCUAAACUGGAAAGUCUAGAGGAGAGUAGCACCAUUGAACUCUUAACACUUAAAUCACAAGCCAGAUUUCUCUUCACUUAAACUGGUAGUCAAAAUACUUCAGAUUUUUAAAGUAUGGAAUGGAUUCAGUACCAUCUGGAAUUACAAUUGCUGAAUUGCUUUUUUGACUUAGAAGAAAGUAGACAUGGCCAGCAUCUCUUGGUUGGGAGCUGGAGGAUUCUGGAAAUUUAUGCUUCCUGUCGCCCCCCCCCCCCUUUGAAACAAUGCAACCUGUUUUAUGUGUGAAAAUCUCAAAAGAUAGCAUCAUGGUUUCUGAGAAUGUAAAUUAACUCUCUGCUGCCACCUUUUUUCCCCCUUUUGUUUUUGUAAAAGAGGAAAGAAGUGAUUACUGAGUUUGAUAAACUUUGAAUUAAAACCAUCCUGAGGUUAUGAAGUCCCCAGAAUAUUGGAAACCAUUCUUCAUACUGAUUUUCUUUUCCUAUCCAAAAUUUUUGUUUGGCACAUGUCAUAGUGACGCAGAGCACUGUGGAGCAGAGUCUUCCGUGUUUCCUUUAUGCGUUGGAUGUCGGCAGCAAAGCCAGAGGUGUAGUGUUGGUUCUCUGAAGUUCAUCUAGAAAUGGAGAGUGUGAUGGAAUUCCCAGAUGAUUCCCAUUCUUUCAGCUUCAUGGUAAAGGUAAAUGGGAUUUCUGGUAGUACCAUAUCAGAUUUUUUUUUAUCUCAUUUAAACAUUUCAUCCUCUUGAAAAUCUCCAUACAAAUUACCUUAAUAAGAAAUUCUAUCUGACCAGCUUCAUCUUUUCUGCAAAGAAAAAUGCCCUUGAAAUUUUACCAAGGCCAGAAGCUAAUGCUCACAUUCACCUGGUAGUUAGAACUAUAACAUAGUUUUUAAAUUUCAAG